AUGCCCAGUCCCCCUCCCAGCACACACCAGCCAACGCAACCAUCGACCGCACCUAGCUUUGCACGCAUUCCCGAACCGACACUGGCACUACCUGCGACCCAACAGGCGCUCCCAGCCAUCGUUGAGAUAGGCUCUCAGGCCCGGCAUGCACAUGCACCAGCCCAACUCGGACGGCAAGCAGACGGCUCAUCCUCGGUAACACCGCUUGCUCGUAAGUCCAAGGCCGGAUGCAACCUCGCACCCAGCCCAUUUCGCCCGCAUGUCCCAGCAGCAGAGCGCCUCACCUCGUGGACUUCGCAAUGGUCUGUAGAGCGCCAGACGGAGGCGGCGAAGGACUUUGGGAUUGACGUUGCGCAAUCCCCGUUCCGCAUUGCCACAGCAGCACUCGACAAGGACACCCGCGAAUCUUAUGCAGCCGGUCUGCUGCGCUACGCCCAGUUUUGCGACGCCCGUGGGGUUUCCGAGGCCCUUCGCAUCCCAGCACCUCCCAUCUUGAUCACAGCCUUCGUCUCUCACUCUCUGGGCCUCGUCUCUGGUAGCUGCGUCAGGGGUUGGUUGGCGGGACUUAGAGCCUGGCACGGCAUCAUGGGCGCGCCAUGGUGCGGCGACGACAUGCUGGUGGGGAUGUCACGAACGGCGGCCAAGAAGGAAGGCCGGAUACACACUCGGCAACCGCGUCCCCCGGCAACCUUGGCGCACCUGUCAUGUCUCUACGCCGCACUGACUCUCUCGGACCCUCUGGACGCGGCCAUCUGGGCAGCGGUGACGAGCGCUUUUUGGGGUUGCCGCAGACUCGGCGAGCUCUUGCCAACCUCGCAGCCAGAGCUCGACCCCAUGUACCAUCCCAUGUGCACCACACUUUUGCAGGACAUGAAAAAUCUCGGCGACGGAUACAAGGCGAUGUUUUACAGGGUACCAUGGACGAAAACGACCCGGGAGGAAGGUGCAUCGGUCAUCCUCGUUGCUCAAGACAGUGAACUCUGCGCAAUCAAAGCGAUGUGCACCCACAUGAUGGUCAACGUCGGGGCCGCCCCCAACGAGCACCUCUUCGCAUACAAAUCACCGGACGGCACUUUCCUACCCUUGACAAAAACUCGCCUGUUGACUAGAUGCAACGAAAUCUGGUCGAAAGCCAGGUUACGCACGCUUUCCGGGCACUGUUUCCGCAUCGGCGGAACCACCCAUUGGCUGCUUCAAGGCGCGCCGACGGAGAUCGUUGCCGCGAUCGGGGGUUGGACUUCCCUCGCAUUCCUUUUGUACUGGCGCAAGGUGGAGGACAUCAUCGCGGCGGGCCUGGUGGAUGCUAUGUCGAAAUCCGACGCUGCGCGCCUGGGGAAAAAGGUCGACGAAUUUCGGGUGUCCCGCGGCAUCCCGAAGGACUUGGGCGUUGAGACACGCCGUCGUUUGAAUGUAGAUGAGUAA